AUGGCGCCUCUCAACAGUGUCAAGGAGGCAUGGCCACAGAUAUGGAAAGGAAUAGAGACUCGUCCAUACACUUCGGAGAAGCUAACACUGCCGUCUGGUGGGCAAGUGGAAAGACUUCAGCUACUUCCAUCAUAUUUCGCACCCCAAGAUGGCAGCCUUCUAAAGCUAUCACCACUCGAGACCGAGGAUGCAGUUUUCAGCAUCCAAGAGCUGCGCCGCCCGGGUGAAGAACGUAUUGUUGGGAUGUUGAUCAUGGUACCAGCAAGCGCCAAAGAAACAGCAGAAUUUCGAAACUGGGCCGGCUUAUUCGUGCUGGCAGAAACCCGAUUCGAACCGCUUCGACGUCUUGAAACCGCGACCAGCGACGACACCAAGGCAAGGGAAGCUGCUCGGCUAAUAACGAACGUAUUUGAGCAGAAGCUCCAGAAUAUCGCUCCGAAUGACCAAUGGAUCACUGGAGGUGGCCGGAACUAUUUCGAAGACCGCGUUUUCGGCUUCACAGAAAGACAGGCCCGCGUAGAACUCUGCCUGCCAGCUUUCCCAUGCAAAUCGUCUAAUCCACAAAAGACCAACGGCGUAUAUCCCGACAGGGCCGAGAAGAUCGCGCUCGACGUGCUUCGCUCUUUCACUCAGAGUGUGGCUGAGGUAUACGAGCCUGGUGCAAAGAUCUGGCUCAUUAGCGACGGACACGUUUUUUCGGAUUGCAUUGGCGUAGAUGAUGACAUCGUUGACAUGUAUGGAGAGAAGCUUAAUGAAAUGAAACGAGGCGUGCUUGAGGAUACGAUUGACAAUUCAUCAAUCGAAUUUCUAUCACUUUGGGACAUCUUCUUUGCAAGUCCAGAAGUGACGAGUCUCUUCUCACGCGAAUGGAUCGAGAACGUCGAUGUUCCUCAUGUUGUAACCACGGGCCUUACCGAAGAGGCGGAACUUUGUCGCAAGCUCCUGAUGUCGACUUGUUCCAUCGACCCCAACGUGCUCAAUGAUCUGAUCAAAGGCGGAGACCAAUCCUUGGUAGCACUAUAUCGUGGCUUUGCGAGGUUCAUGUUGGAGGACCUCGCUUUUCACCCAGACUGCGCUGGUAAAAGCACCAGCCAGCGCAAGAAGCUUUCCACUAAGGUAGCCGCUGAAAUGAUCAAGCGAAAUCAAGCGUAUUCAAACCUGAUCGAACUGCUCUUUCCUUCAACGAUACGGCUCUCUAUUCACGCACAUGAUAAUCGCGGCCCGAAGUUCGGGAUCAGGCUGUUCCCCAAACCGAAAGUCCGCGCGAUCGAAUCCAUGACUGCUCGACAUGAACCCAAAACAGCCGAUCUGCUGCACACGCCCACACCCUGGCAUAAUUGCAUCAUUGAGGUUGAAGGUGAUCGUACCCUGUACCUAGCAAAAUCACGCGUGGCCCAGGAUGCUUUAGCCGGCGAUGGCUACGAAGGAGCAUGGAUUGGCGGCGAUCAGGAGAGAAGUGGGGAAUAUUUUCUGCGGGCGAAGCUCUGUGUACCGGACUCAUGCGAGAGCCCGAUGAGUGCUGGCAUUGCAAGUACCCAUCGGCAGCUUGUGAAAGUUUGA